UAAAAGUAAAAAUAAAAAAACAAACAAAAACAUAAACAAACAAUAAUAGUAACAAAGUUGGCAAAGAUUGGUUCGCAUAACGAACGCUUCAACGGCAAAAUUUCUCGGGCUAGAAAGGAACUGUAUUAAUUGGAGGAAGAGAAGAAAUCGGAAGGGUGUGUGUGUGUUGUGUGCUAGGGUGAGUUUUCUAUCAAUCAAGGUCCUCAGGUGAAUGAUCUGAGGGUUUUGUUUUUGAGGUGAGUAAAGGAUAAUUGAAGAUGAGCGCUUCUAGGUUCAUCAAGUGUGUCACUGUCGGGGAUGGAGCCGUGGGCAAAACUUGUUUGCUAAUCUCCUACACCAGCAACACCUUCCCCACUGAUUAUGUGCCAACUGUUUUCGACAAUUUCAGCGCAAAUGUGGUUGUGAAUGGAGCCACUGUUAAUCUAGGAUUAUGGGACACUGCCGGUCAAGAGGAUUAUAAUAGAUUACGACCUUUGAGUUAUCGUGGUGCCGAUGUUUUCAUAUUAGCUUUCUCUCUGAUUAGCAAGGCCAGUUAUGAAAAUGUUUCCAAGAAGUGGAUUCCAGAGUUGAAACAUUAUGCACCUGAUGUUCCCAUUAUUUUGGUUGGCACAAAGCUUGACCUUCGAGAUGAUAAGCAGUUCUUCAUAGACCAUCCUGGUGCUGUACCCAUUACCACCGUUCAGGGAGAAGAACUUAUGAAGCUGAUUAAUGCACCUGCUUACAUUGAAUGCAGUUCGAAAUCACAACAGAACGUGAAGGCAGUAUUUGAUGCAGCCAUAAGAGUUGUCCUUCAACCACCAAAGCAAAAGAAAAAGAAGAGUAAAGCACAAAAGGCAUGUUCAAUAUUGUGAUUCACUAUGUCUAACCUUUUGAUGACAACCAUUUGUUCUACCUAAUGUUGCCCUUCUCUUCUUCCAUUUCUUCAUUUCGUUGAAGAAGUCAGAGUCUUUUGGGUGUUCAUUUGACAUACUCUAGAUCUCCUUGAAGCAUAAGGUGGUUGAUGCUUUGCUUUCUUGGAGUUAUUGUGAAUUCUAAUUGUCAAAUUUGUUUUUUUAUGGUUCUCACCUUUUUAUGAACUUAUGUUUUAUGCAUCAAUACAUUGGAAUAUCCCAGUUAGGAUAGCAUCCUUGUUUGCUCGAAUAUAUUUAAAUAUUUGUAUUUCAUUAUAAUGCUUCCUAUGUUA